ACGGAAGUUAUACAACAACCACUACUGGGGGUCAUGUGACUGAAACUUGGGGCGGGGCUUAAGCGCGUCCGUCAAUCAGUGUCCCCCGGCCGUUUGGAAGCGGUGUCAUGGCGGUGGAGUGAUGGACGCGGAUCUGCUGCUGGCGAUACAGCUACAGGAGGAGUAUGACCGGGAGGAGGCAGCGGAGAGCCCACGGGGGAAGGGCUCCAGGGCCGCCUCCGGUCACCCCCCGCCCAUGGCUGUAGUGGACCCGUCCUGGGAGCUGCUGGACCCCAGUCCCAAUAUCCACGAGCUCUUCCUGCAGUUCAAUGCGAUGUUCUUCUGGGGGAAGCUGGUCGGGGUGGAGGUGAAGUGGAGCCACAGGAUGACGCUAUGCGCCGGGGUCUGUUCUUACGAAGGACGAGGAGGCUUGUGCUCUAUACGUCUCAGCAAACCGCUCCUGAUGCUCCGACCGAGGAAAGAUCUCGUAGAAACUCUUCUCCAUGAGAUGAUUCACGCUCUUCUGUUUGUCACCGACAACAAUAAGGAUCAUGACGGUCACGGGCCGGAGUUCCACAAACACAUGAAUCGUAUUAAUGGACUGACAGGUGCUAAGAUAUCGGUUUUUCACAGUUUCCACGAUGAGGUGGAGGAGUACAGAAAACAUUGGUGGAAGUGUAAUGGACCCUGUCAGCACAGACCUCCAUACUUUGGUUAUGUGAAGCGUGCAAUGAACAGAGCUCCAUCCAAACUCGAUCCAUGGUGGGCUGACCAUCAGAGAUCUUGUGGAGGAACAUAUAUAAAAGUGAAGGAGCCAGAGAAGAAGACUGAUAAAGACAAGAAGAAGGGAAACUCCUCUGAAGUCCGGCCUAGUAACAUCCCAGAAAUAAAAGGAAAACCUGAGAAAAGUGCAGAGAAAAGCGACAUUCGUUCAUUCUUCCCAUUCAGUGGCACAGGUUACAAGCUCGGCGCGUCCAGCCAAGUAUCAGUCUUGAUGAAGGUGCCAACCAGUUUACCAUCCUCCAGUAAAGCCAUAGCAAACUCUCCUGUAAAGCCAGUGCAGACCACCAGUGCCUUGUCCUCCAUUACCAACAAGAGCAUGAACCCAAGACCCAACUUGCCCAAAGUGUCAGUGGCAAACACCAAAGUGUUCAAAAACAUCAAUGGUUCCCCAAUGAGAAUCCCUGUGAAGGACAGGAACAUUUCCAAACCAUCAGGGUCAAAGUUUGGUUUUCCUGACAGCUUUACCCAGAAGAGACUCUCCUUUGCAGUACCCACCUCCUCUCAAGGUGCACCAUCUACCUCACAGGAGUCACACUGUGAUGAAAGUCAAGACCGGCCACCAAAGAGACCACGUCUGGACACCCAAAUCUCCAAGGACAAUAUGCCAGGAGGCAAUUCACUUAGAGAACAGCCAGUUAUAGUCUUAGAUGAGGAACCAUCAUCUACCCCCACACUUGGGAUGGUGAGCUGCCCGGUGUGCGGAGCAAAGAUGUCAGAAGCCAAGAUCAAUGAACAUUUGGACAGCUGCUUAAAUGGCUGAAUACAGAGGAGAACUGGUGCCGCUUGUCAUGCGGGGGUCUUGCAUGUUCUUCCUUAUUCCUUUACAGUCUCAGGGAUGUUUAGGCCACUACUGCUUCGUAAUACUGUUCUCUAUAACAUGGACCCCUGAGCAUUCCGAUAUCUUUGGAGGGGGCAGACAAGGCAAGUGGGAAGGAUUUUAAAGGGGUACUCCGGCGCUUAGGCAUCUUAUCCCCUAUCCAAAGGAUAGGGGAUAAGAUGCCUGAUCGCGGGGGUCCCGCUGCUGGGGACCCCUGCAAUAUAGCACGCAGCACCCACCUGUAUCUGCUUCAGGGAGUGCUGGAGGGUCUGGCUCCCAACCACGGGAAAGGAAGAUAGUGACGUCACAGCCCCGCCCCC